GAAUCCCAGGGGCAAUACCAACCUUGAGUGAAUUUUUCCACCUCUACCCCUGAGAUUCCAUUCCCUGGCUGGAACCAGGGGUUAGCUACUUAGGCAGCAGCCAAGUUUCGUUCCUCUAUAUUCCUCUGAAUUCUUUGCAUGCAUACGCUUCCUUCUCUAGAUUCGAUUGCUGGCGACGGUUUUUCGCCGCCGGCAACUGAAAGUCGCCUACUCAACUAACUUCGGUUGCCGGGUUCCGGUCAAAAUUUAGUCCAAAACAACAGAAAAGCUCCAAGGGUGCGAAGAGUACGGAGGAGAAGACGACUUGGAAGUCCUUGUAGCCCUUGGAAGUGAAAUAGGAGACCAAUUUAGGGUUUUUCUUUGAGUUUAGAGGCGGAAAGCUUUUUAAGGUUUGUGAGGGAUUGAUUAUGUGAAUGGCGUCAAAAAUUUGCAUGAAUGGAGCAUGUGGGGCGACAUCUUCGUUCGAGUGGAGGAAAGGGUGGCGUCUACGAUCUGGUGGAUUUGCGAAUCUCUGCGAUAAUUGCGGGUGUGCCUACGAGAAAUUAGUUUUCUGUGAAGCUUUCCACUCAAAAGAAUCUGGUUGGAGGGAGUGCAAUUCAUGUGGCAAGCGUCUCCAUUGUGGAUGUGUUGCUUCAAAGGAUGCGCUUGUGAUACUAGAUAAUGGCGGUGUAGAGUGUCUUCACUGUGCGAGAACUUCAGGACUUUCCUUUAUCCCACGUGAUGAAAGGCCGUAUAAAUUUGGUACAUCCGCAGCAGAUAAUGUUGGUGAACUGCCAUCCAUUUCUGUGGACAAUACAGUGGAUGGUGAUGGCUGCCAUAUUUUGCCCAAGCCACUGAAGAUGGGUAGCAGCACAGGGUUGGAGGGAAACAAAGACAUACUCCCUCACAUACGUGUUGCAAGGCCACCUGCCGAGGGACGAGUGCGGAGCCAAUUGCUUCCACGUUAUUGGCCAAAAAUAACGGACCAAGAACUGCAGCAAAUAUCUGGAGAUUCAAAUUCUACAAUUGUGCCAUUGUUUGAGAAAGUCCUGAGUGCUAGUGAUGCAGGUCGGAUUGGUCGUUUAGUGCUCCCAAAAGCAUGUGCUGAGGCUUAUUUUCCUCCUAUCUCUCAACCAGAAGGCCUUCAAUUGAAGAUUCAAGAUGUGAAGGGCAAAGAUUGGGUAUUUCAGUUCAGAUUUUGGCCUAAUAACAACAGCAGGAUGUAUGUGUUAGAGGGUGUAACCCCAUGCAUACAGUCUAUGCAAUUACAAGCUGGUGAUACUGUGACAUUCAGCCGGAUCUAUCCAGAAGGAAAACUUGUUAUGGGGUUCCGAAAGGCAUCAAACUCUAUUCCUAUGCAGGGAAGCACGGAUCCCCACCUAAGUGCUCUAUCUGAACACUUGAGUUCAGCUGACGUGGAUAUUGGCUCGCACAAAAAUGAGAGCUUGCAGCUGCAGCCAACGCUUGACCCUCCUCCAAUUGUCAAGCCUAGCAUCAUGGUUGAGGACCAAGAAUUUGAAGAGUACAAAGAACCACCAGUUGUUGGGAAGAGAACUAUAUUUACAGCCCGAUCAUCUGGGGAACAGGAUCAGUGGGCUCGGUGUGAUGGUUGCUCUAAAUGGCGAAGGCUUCCUGUGGAUGCUCUUCUUCCUCCAAAAUGGACAUGUGCAGAGAAUUCUUGGGAUCCAAGAUGGAGUUCAUGUUCUGCACCAAGUGAGAUGAGCCCAAAGGAAUUGGAAAAUCUUCUGAGAUUGAAUAUGGGUAUAAGGCAACCUCUACUUUCCUUUAUGUGUUUCCAUACUAAGAUCAAAAGAAUUGGGUUUCAUUCCACGUAGUGCAAGUUUGUUUCCUAAGUUGCAUGGUAAAAGCUUUAUAGGUUUCCUUAAAUUUCUUUCGUUUCUCUGGUGGUACUUUUCACGUGCUGGAAGUGCCAAUAAAAUACUUUAGGAUUUAAUCAGAAAAAAGAAAAAGAAAAAUUGGUAUCAAAAGGACUUUGUUUGUGUAGUAGCUCUUUAGUAUUAACUUACACCUCUGAUGGCUAACCUUAAGGUGCUGAGCACAUUUUGAUUAUGCAAAAAUCUGAAAUGAUAGAAAUAUAAUAGUUUGGGGUUAUUAAAAAAAAAAAAAAAAAAAAAAAAAAAAAAAAAAAAAAACACUGCUAACUGAUGCAGAAUUCCAGCAAGAAGAGAAGAUGGUCCUAUUGUUUUGGGCUUGUUUUAGUUUUUUGGGUUCUAGUGAACCUAUGGUUUAAGUUUGGUUAAUUUAGGCUUAAUUCAAGGGUCCAAUGGAUUGUAUGGGCCAUGGGUUUAAUAUUUUUGGCUUUACCAUUGUAAGGGUCAAUUCUAUAAGCCCAAAUAUUAGGGACUAUAGUCCUAUACAGGAUUAAUUAUUUAUUUAUUUAAUUUUUUUUUUGUAUGUUCUAGAAUAGCUUCUCUUUUAAAGAGAAAAUUUAGUUUUAAGGGAUCCUCCUACCAUAUUUAGGGGUUUCUUACUUUAGUGAUUGCGAUGGAGUUAUAAAUAAAGGAGAAGGGCCUAGAACCUCGAAUGAUUUUUGGCAAAAAAUAUUGCUCUUUGCUGUGAUUUGUUGUGAGAUGUAGUUUGCUCUUGUGAGAUGUAAUGGCAACCUUGGUGGGUGUUAACGCAGUUUUGGAUUUGAAUAAUAUGUGUAUAUUGAUCUUCAGGAUUACAUAAACAGAAUAUAUAUACAAGAGGUGUGCCCUAGCUGGCUGGCCAUAAUAGGCAACUACUAAUAUGGAUACACAAUAUGAAUCACAUAAAAUAUAGAAUCCUACCACAAGAGAGGUCAGCAUAUAUUGAGUUACCCGAUAUGGGUAGACUCAAUAUUGCGUCAAUACACCCCCUCAAGUGGAAGAGUUGCAUUCGCGGAUCUUCAACUUGUCACGUAGGAACUGAAAGCGUGCAGUCGGAAGAGCCUUAGUGAAUAUAUUUGCAAGCUGGUCCUUUGUAGAAACAAAUUGCACAGAGAGCUGAUGAAGUGCCACCUGUUCCUGGACAAAGUGAAAAUCGAUCUCAAUAUGAUUUGUGCGAGUGUGAAAAAGGGGAUUGGCAGAGAGAUAGGUGGCCCCAAUGUUGUCACACCACAGCAUAGGGGGGCCAGGGAGAGAAAAUUGAUUUCCUGGAAUAAAGAUUCCAGCCAAAUGAGCUCCGCGGAGGCAUCUACAACAGCCUUAUAUUCAGCCUCUGUGGAUGAGCGUGCUACUGUACGUUGCUUACGAGCAGUCCAGGAUAUGAGGUUAGGGCCAAGGAAGAUCGCAUAGCCUCCAGUAGAGCGUCGGUCAGCGGAGCAACCGGCCCAAUCCGCAUCACUAAAUGCCUGAAGAGUGGGAUGGGAAGAGCGCUCAAGAAGCAAGCCAUGAGUGCGAGUGCCCUUGAGAUAGUGAAGUAUAUGCUUCACCAUGGACCAGUGAUCCUCUGUAGGAGCAUGAAUGAAUUGGCAUACUUUGUUAACAACAAAAGUCACAUUAGGACGAGUUAAGGUAAUGUACUGAAGAGCCCUGACAAUGGAACAAUAGGUGGAUGGAUCAGACAAUGGGGCACCCCCUUUGUCCGAUGGCUUGAGCGAAGUAGCCAUUGGUGUCUGAAUAAUUUUGCAAUCAGUUAUACCAGACCUUUUAAGUAAAUCAUCCACAUACUGUGUCUGAGAGAGAAGAAGGCCAGUCGAUUGCUUGGUAGCCUCAAUUCCAAGAAAAAAAUGCAGAGGACCAAGGUCCUUGAUUAGAGAACUCAUUGGCCAGCUGUUGAAGUAGACGAGUUACCUGAGAGGGGGAGUUGUUGGUCACAAGGAUGUCAUCAACAUAAAUUAAAAUAUAUAUUUGAAUGCCGACGCGAAGGAAAAUAAAUAAGGAGGGGUCGGUCUUGGAGUUGAUAAAACCCAAAUGAAUAAGGAACUGUGUCAAGCGUUGAAACCAGGCACGAGGUGCCUGUUUGAGUCCAUACAACGACCGAUGGAGUUUGCAUACAUGAGAGGGAUUAGCACGGUCUUCAAAACCAGGAGGUUGGACCAUAGAAACAUCCUCAGAGAGUACCCUAUGGAGAAAAGCAUUGUGAACGUCGAGUUGCCGAACCGGCCAGCCCUGGGAAGUAGCAAUGGCGAGGAUGGACCGAAUAGUUGUGGGUUUCACCAUUGGACUAAAUGUCUCAUUAUAAUCAACCUCCUCUUGUUGAUGGAAGUUGCCCACAAGGCGCGCUUUAUAGCGUUCAAGGGUACCAUCAGCCUUGCAGAAUACCCAUUUGCAACCAACUAGGUUCAUACUCAUGGCACGAGACUCGAAGUCCUAUUGCAAAGAAGGGCGUUGAACUCAUUUAACAUCGUAGCAUGCCACUUAGGGAUUUUGUUGGCUUAGGAGAAGUAGGUCGGUUCGGUGGGAGCUGAGGGUGCUGGGUCGGGGCCGUAGGGUCAUUUUAUAAACACGUUAGGGGGGUGCAGGGGGCGUUGGGAUGGAGGUGAGGCCGAGUUCAGGAUUUGGCUAGGCAGGGGAAGGUUUGAUGGAGGAGGACGGUUGGGUAUAUAGCUCGGUUAGGGGCCUGGUUUGGCGAGUAGGAGGAGAUGAGAGAGGAGAGGCUAGUGCUAGAGGCAUUGGGGUGCUAGGGGGAGAUCGAGCAGCCAUGUGGGGCGGUGGGGGCAUAGGGCCUGUAGGAUCUGCGGGAUGAGUAGGAUAAUGAGGAAGCAAAGGAGGAAGUAACCCAAUGGGGGCAGCAGCCCAAGGAGUGGAGAGAGGAACUACGGUAGAGGGAGAGGAUAUAGGGAUGGAGAAUGGAAAGAUGGUCUCGUCAAAGCGAACGUGCCUUGCAAUAUAGAGACGAUUAGAGGCAACAUCAAGGCAGCAAUACCUGGCAUGGGAGUCGUUGUACCCAAGGAAAACGCAGGGAGUGGAUCGAAAAUCCAUCUUAUGAGCAUUAUAAUGACAAAGAUAGGGAAAACAAUAGCACCUGAGCACGAAGAAAUUUGUAAUCAAGGGCCUUGUGAAAGACAUGCUGAAAGGGGGAAAUAUGAUUUGUGGUGCGACAGGGCAUCCGAUUGAUUAGGUACACAGCUGUGUCAAAGGCAUACCGCCAGUACUGCUUGGGAACGGACCCAUGAGCGAGCAGGGUGAGGCCAAUCUCAACUAUAUGAUGAUGGCAACAUUUAACUGCACCCUAUUGCUUAUGUGUAUGGGGGCAAGCCUUGCAAUGGGCAAUACCAAGAGGGGCAAAGAAAGUAGGGAGGGUGCGGUACUCAUUGCCCCAAUCAGUUUGUAUUGAUUUUAACUUACGAGAAAAGUGGCGUUCAACCAAGGCCUGAAAGCGCUUAAAUUUUCAAAAACAUCAGAUUUACGAACCAUGGGAUAAAACCAAAUGUAUUUAGAAAAGUCAUCAACAAAAAUUACAAAAUACUUAUGACCUUCAGGGGAGGGGGUAGGGGAGGGUCCCCAUACAUCACUGUAAACUAGAUCAUCAGGAAAUAAACUAAGGAGGAGGAUAGACCUAAUGAUAAUUGACUGGCCUUGCCAAGUUGGCAGGCGCUACACAGAUGACUCAGCCGUGUAGACUGACACGGCAAAUUAUUGGUGCUUAGUAUGAAAUGGAGGAGACGCUCGUGAGGAUGUCCAAGGCGAUGAUGCCACCCAUCAAUGGACAUUCUUUCGGCAAUACUGGCGGAAGGUAUUUGGGAAGAGGGAGCCUUGAGUGUUUAGAGACCAUUACUGCUCGGCCCGGAAAGAAGAGUCUGCCUGUUGACCUGAUCCUUGACAAGGAAA